AUGGAAACAAACAAAUCUUUAUCGAAAACUAUUCUGAAAGGAAGAUUUAUUUCUCAUACUAGAAACCCACAAAAAUCUCAGUCCUUAACAAAUUUUAAUUUUAAAGCCCCAAGCAAAAAAAAAUCAAGUACUUUGAAAAUUUGUGACCCGUUGAAAAUUACCACACCGAUUAAAUUAAUUUCAAAAAUCCCCAGCGUCGAUCAGCCCAAAAUUCUUGAACAAGACCUAUUAAAUUUCCAGAAAAAAAUCGCGCUUCCUACCACCUAUAUCGCGUCCUUAAAAAUAAAAGUGAUAGAUGAUGCUUUGGAGCCUGGGCUGUUAUCUCCUCCUGGCUUCAAACAAAAAGAUAUUAAGCCUUCUACAAACCCUGGCCAUGACCGAAGAAAAGCUUUAUCUAUGAACGACCUUGUAUUACCAUCUGUAAAAACAAGAAUAUCAGAACCGUUUCCUGAUUCACACAUUUUAUCAUUACAAUCCCUGCAAUUUAUUAUAGGAGAGAUGAAAAAACCUGUCAGAGAUAUUGAAAAAAUAUAUAACUUUUUAUAAUAAAUUAAAAUAUUGAUAUUUCUUAUACUAAAUAAGACUAAUUUACUAUAAAAAAGGCAUAUAACAUGACUAGACGCUUGAAAUUUUUUCUUCAAUACAAGGCAGAUAUCGUUAAACAAAUGCUGAGGGUCGGGGAAUAUGAAUUUUACAGUAAAGGACAAAUUAUUUUCAGAGAAGGAGAACUCGGGAAACAUUUAUAUGUGAUUUUAAGAGGAUCAAUAGGAGUCCAAAAAGAGUCAAAAAAGCCAGGAGAACUUGCUUAUAUAAUUAAUUCAAGAUAUGAUGGAGAAGUUAUAGGUGAGUAUGCAAUUGUGAGAGGAAACGUAAAUAAUGCGGCUGCACAGAGAAGUGCGACGUGCUUUGCGGCUGAGGCGUGCCAUAUGAUUAAAAUUGCAGCUGAGGAUUAUGUGUUUGCAGUUAGUGCAAAUAUUGAUAUAGAAAGCAAAAUUCUUCAUUUCUUGAAUGGGUUAGGACCGUUUGAGCAUAUUGCUCCUAUUGAUUUGGCGCUGCUGGCGAAUACUUUGAAUAAAGAGUAUUUUGGUCUUGAUGCAGUUGUAUUAGGAGCUGGGAUGAUUCCAAAAGGAAUGUACAUAGUUUAUUCAGGUAGGGUAAAAAUUACUUAUCCAUUUAAAACUCCAAAAUACUCCAAAAAUUCAAAUAAAAUCACUUACUCCCUCCUUUUUGAGCUAGCAAAACCAUUGGAAAAAUAUUUUUUGGGUAAAAACCUAUCCUCUAUGAGCGAAAAUUGUUUAUGAAAAAUUAUUUUGAUAUAUAAGUGACAAUUAUUAUAAUGAAAUCAUUAGCUAACCCUGUCUAAUUUAAACAGUCUGCACUUUAAAACAUAAAUUUUACAAACUAAAUUAAAAUUUACUUUAAAAUUAAUUAUUUCGAUUUGGAAUUUUUUUAAUUUUGAAAAAAAAAUACUAUAUAAAUUUUUAAAAAAAAAAAUUAAUCCCCCAUCCAUGUCGAACAGAAUUGUUUUCUUCGCUCGUCGUGGGGGAGUUAUAAAAACAGCAUCAAGGAUUUUUAUCUGCCAAGAGGAAGCUAUUUCGGACAGCGAAUCCUUCUUGGUGAGUAUCAGCCUGCGAAGUAUUCAGUGAUAUCCGAUUCAGCACAAACAUCAGUAUUAGUGAUCACCACUCAUGAGUUUAAUUUACUUUAUAACCCCAAUAAAGAAGACACUAUUAAUUAUUUAUCAAAAUCACACCAAUUUGAUAUUGAUAUACCUAAUUUAUAA